UGUCAAAGCAGCACCUAUCAUGCCACUACAGACAAGGAGUCGGCUUGAACCAAAAAUUGCACCAAAAGCUGUUAAACCUGUGCAGGUCCUGAAGUCUCAAGCAGCUAUCAACAAAACCAAAAAAAUAGGACAACCAGGAGAAAAAUCUAACUGCAAACUGGUUGUUCACGAUGAACCAGUGUCUAUCCCCUGUGAAGAACAAGAUAUGGAAGUCACUGAGAAAGAUCAACCGCCAAGUUGCAAGGAACCAAUUCAACCAACUGAUAAUGACACUGGGCUCCAAAUGCCACCAGUACUGGGUACUGGACGUGUGGGCAAGAGAAUCUCUUUUGCACCUGAAAACUAUGUCUUUGCACCCAUGCCUGGGUUGGCCCAAUUGAAAUUUCCCCCACUCAGCCCCCGAAGUGUGAAUAAUUUCUUUUCAAGUUGUUCUUGGAGUCCUGUCGAGCACGGAUCAAAAAAUAAUGUUGAUUCUUCCACAACACCAAAUUUGGUGACCAGAACUAGAAGUAAGCUUGUCGCAAGACUUGAGUCUGAGCAUUUCCCUGAAGCAAAAUGUGAAGACCCUGUUGGUGCUGUGAUUGAAGAAGUACCUGCAUCUAACAAACCACAAGAUUCUUUAGCAAGCUGUACAACUGAUGUCAGUGGACCACUACACAAUGUUGCUCAUUUCAGAGGAAUUGUUCAGUCGGAGACUGAAAGUUUGACGGGACUUUGCCAGCAGUGGGAAGGGUGGGCUAAUUCUGCAGAGAUUCCAGAUCACGUUAAGGACUUGAUUCGCACAACUGUGGGACAAGCGCGUCUUCUCAUGGCUGAGCGAUUCAAACAGUUUAAUGGCCUUGUUGAUGAUUGCGAGUUCAAGACAAGUGAAAAGGAAGUAACUUACACAGAUCUGGAAGGAUUCUGGGACAUGGUCUACUUCCAGGUUGAAGAUGUGAACAAAAAAUUUGAGCAUCUGAGAAAGCUUCAAGAAAAUAGUUGGGAGGAGCCAAAUGAGUUGCUGUCAGUGCCCAAGAAAAUGGUCAAGAAAAAGGUUGCCAUCCUAAAACCCACAGAAGAUCUUGCACUUAAAGCCAACAAAACCAUGAUUGCACCAAAAAGCAGUCUUGCUGCUUUAAAGGCAUCUAUGAAAGCCAAGCUGAAACGGGAAGUGACCGGCACCAAUAGACAGGAAAAUCAACAAGAUGUUAUUGUGUUUGAUGCAGGAUUCUUCAGAGUGGAGAGUCCUGCAAAAAGCUUUGCUGCAUUUCCCGACACUUGUUCUGUUGUCGAUCGGGUUUCACGGCAGCAACCAAAAGAACAGUGCACCCCUGCUAAAGGUGUGUGUGACUCAACUACACCAACCUCGUCUAUCCUUUCUACGUGUGAUAAACCAAAUCAACAGACUUCAGAAAGAAAGGUUUCGAAAGGUUUACCAGAGACUGACUUACCUGUAAUGAAGAAAGACACUGGCAGCUCCAUGGCAGAAGAGAG